AAUUAAUGCACCAGAAUUGGACGACGACAAUGGCUUCGUCAUUUCUGGCUGCCGCAGUAGAGAAGGUCGGGCCGGCCGUCCGGCGUCAAGCCCUGACGUUGACAGACGGCGCCGCCGUUAGAAUACGGCAUCUCCUGGAGCAGCGCCAACGCUCCUUCCUCAAGCUCGGCGUCAAGGCUCGCGGCUGCAACGGCUUGUCCUACACCCUCAACUACGCAGAUGAGAAAGGAAAGUUUGACGAGCUGGUCGAGGACAAGGGUGUGAAGAUACUAAUUGACCCAAAGGCCCUGAUGCAUGUAAUUGGAACAAAGAUGGAUUUUGUUGAUGACAAACUCAGGUAUACUUGUUCAGUAUUAGUGGCACAACACAUAUAUUUACAUGUAAUAUGUAAUGAUUGGCAUGCAUGUGUAAGAUUCUGUUCACAUUUCUUAUGGCUACAAUUUUAACAUGUUCAAUUCUUGAUCUAUCUAGCAUUUGUUGGACAUGGAUAUAAUGGCUUGGUUACGUUUUCUGUAUUAAAAUUAAUUUUAGAACAUGAAUGUGACAUGAAUGAAUGUUCUCUGAAUUUGGAAAGAAUGCAUAUUUUUAAUAAAAAAGAUGAUACACUGUUUUUGUGUGUGUUGAAACCUCAACAAGUUGAACUGUCUUAGUAAUAUAAAAAAGGAGGAAAAGAUGGAGAGUGGGAAAAUUAUAAUUAAGAUUAUAAUUACACCUGCACACAAAGAUGCAUGUUUGCUUAAGCAAUAUGUAUGAAAGUGUAUAUUGCAUGAAGCACUAUGUGUUAUACACUUGUACAAAAUGAGAAUGAUAAUUUCAUUAUUGGUUGAGACUCGGUUUAAGAAUGCUUAAAGAGGUUUUGUUUUAAGGUGAGGAUUGGAUUUGACUACAAUUUGGAAUGUGUUGAACUUCAGUCUUUUGUUUGAUUUUAUUUAAAAAUGUAGUAUGCCUGAAGAGAGGAAAAAGGUCUUUUGAAUGAAAUUUUAUUGUUUUUUUCGCUCUGAGGCAUUUUCAAGAACAAUUCAUCUGUAAGUUUGUUACACUCGAGCAUAAAAGUUACAGGUGUUGUAAUAGAAACAGCCGCUCCAAAAGUGGAGUUAAUACUGUGCACAUAAUGCCCACCUUGGACCUCCGAUAUGGUUUGAGAGUCUUGUACACUUGAGUGUUGCUUUUUUCAUUUGUGCUGCAUUGUCAGCCUGUCAUGAGUGUUGUUCAUUUAUAAUUAGGAUUUAGUGUUGAUGAAAUUUGGUCUCAAGCUCUCUCUUUAUUUAGGAAGGAGUUAUAGAAAAGUAUAAAGUAUCUGUGGUAUCUUUGUCCCACUUGCCAUGUCAUUUUCAGCAUUAAGUGUAUCAUUUCAAUUUUCUGUCUCGUGUUUUUCACUGUGUAUGUUUUCAAUUUUGUGGUGCAAUCUGCCUGUGUCUGAAUUGGAAGCUAAUGAGUUCCUUAUCUGUGGUUGAUAAUUGGGCAUGAAAAUCAUUUUGGGAUGUUGACCUUUGAAUUCCGUCGAUUGUCCAUGGAUUUUGAAACCUGUUGAAUAUGUGCACGUGUGUGUUUGUGUAUAUAUAUAUUGAUGGAAAAAUAAGCUUUAUUAAACUGAGCAAGGAGAAACAGAUAUGAAGAAAGAGACAAGAAAUCCUCAAGCAUGAAAAAAAGACAAAAAAAAAGAAAAAAAAGAAAACUUAGCAUUAACUUAAUAAUGCCACCUUAGUCUUAGUUAACAUCCUGAAAGCAGCAGCCCUUAAAACAGCCUGCAGUACAAGCCCAAGGAGAAGCCAAAUACCAUAUCCCAUCCCAAAGAGGAUCCAUUGGCAAUCUCUUUCUAGGAAAAAAUUCUAGCAUUUCUUCCCAGCCAAAUUCCCCAUAAUACGGCACGAAGAGGAUGCCACCCACAGCAUCUUUACCUUCCCAAAACCAACAAAAGAAAUACUUGAGCUUCUCAACCAACCUCAAAUGUACCCACAAUUCACCAAGAACUCCAAAGCUUCAGAAGGCAUCCUAUUCUGUGCAUAUUUUUGGUGUUAAACUUCAUUAAGGGCUACCAACUUAGCAAAUGCCUUCAUUGUAGUAACUUUAGCAUCCUAUAUGGCCUGAUAAAGAGGAAAGAAACGUCAGCCCUAACUAGGGCAGAAAAGAAAGAUAUACACAAAGAAUUCCCCAGUGAAUCUAGACUCCAAAAUUCUACCAUCACUCCAAGGUAUGAUGACCAUCCAACACAAUGAGCGAAGAGCAAAGAAGACAGCUCCUCUAACUCCCUAUCAUUUAACUCCCUUUCAAAAAUGCAUCCUUCCUUUGGUUCACGGAAUUAAAGCUGGUAUGGAAUAAAAAAUCUGGCCCCGAUUCUCACUCCUAUGUUUGGUUUGCAUAAAUGAGGAUGGAAUCACAUUCCAUUUGGCCAGAAUGCUGAUUUCCCCAUUUAAUUGAAUGUUGUUUCCUCCUGUGGGAAUCAUAGUUCUGUUUCUAACUCCAUUUUUUUCUCAAAGAUACUCAUAACCCUCAAUAAAUAACAACAGCAACAACAACAAUAAGAACAACACAAUAAUAGUUGUAAGAAUAAUUAUUAUUAUAAAAAUAAUUGAAAUAACAAUAAAAACAUAAUUGGAACAACAACAACAUUAAAAAAUAAUAAUUAUAGAAAUAAUAAUGAUUAUACUAACAGCAACAGCAAGUACUACAACAACAACAACAACAAUAAUAAUUACAAUAAUAUUAAUAGUGAAAUAAUAAUUUUUAUUAUUAUAUAAAAAUAAAAAAUAAUAACAAUAAUAAACAAUAACAACAACAACAAAAUAAUAAUAUAAUAUACUAGAGAAGGGAUUCUCCAAAAGGCUGUAUUUUUGAAAGCCCAAAACAGCCUUAUGACCUCCUGGUACUCUCCUAUUGAAAUUAGAAUACCCUUAAACUCUUUGCUCAUUUUCUCCAUAUUUGACCUGGUUUUGUUAAUGCCAAAAAACCCUAUAAUUGCCUCAUAAUUUCUGUAUAACUACCCAAAAGCCCUCUAAUCAAAUUAGCAGUACCUUCAACUUAAUUUUAAAAGAUCAAUCCAUUUUUAAAAGAUUAAGCUGUGGAGCAUGCUCGCAGUGAGUGCCUCAUAAUUUUACACAUAUUUUCUUUACAGUUCUUUUAAAAUUAAAAAAGAAAUAGGGAGCCGUGGAGCACGCAUACAGUGGGUGCCAGAGCUAGUAAUAAUAAUAAUGUUAUCAUUAUAAAUAUAGAUUGUUAUAUCGUAAUAAAUGUAUGAACAACAACAACUAAAUUAGUUUAAAGUUCAUAACAUGAGGUAGGUCAUCUUCUAUGUUGUACUCCUUUUAACCCUUUUAGAAUUUGAACCCAAGACAUUCACUACAAAAGUCCCAACCUCUCCACUAGGAUUGUGCAAUCCAUUGGUUCGGGUAGGAAAAAUGAAGAAUCAUUUUUUUUUUUUUUUUCAAUUUUGCAUAGGAGAAACUCAAACCGAACUGAUCUUCUAUAUGAAAUUGAACAAAUAUCCAACAUAUUAAUUUGGAGAAAAAACUGAACCAACUGGAUUGUAUAUUUUGAAAACCAAAUUGAUCAAAGUGGGCUCAAUAGGGGGGGGGGGGGGGGGGGAAGCCUGUAGAGGGAGGGUUUUUGAGAAGGAAUGGAUAAUUUAGUUUUUGGAGAAGGAAUGUAUUUUAUGUUAUUUGUGCAUCAAAUAGUGCAUUGUGCGCAUGCAAACACAUGUAUAUUAUGCAUGUGAUAAUAUGUUUUUGUGUAUUCUAGUUUUGAACUACUUUAAAAUUUUCCGCAUUUGUGUCAUGUUGUACCAACAAGCCAUGUUGCUUCCAUGUCAAUUGCCACCACAACUCAUUUGUGUCAUGGUGUUCCCAUGAGCCAUGUUGUGUCUAUGUUAAUGCUUCUUUGGCUAUUCCAUGACCAACUCCAAUGCCACCAUUUUCACCACAUCACUUGUGCUCCAUAUAACAAAAAUCAAUGCUGUUAUUGCCUGCAAGAUACCCUUGUGACCACAUCACCACCACAAUUCUAUCAAUUUGCUCAGUACAUAAUAAACUGCCGAACUGUUGUUGCAGCUGUUAGUCAUCCAAUUGCAGCUGCCACAAUUACCACCUCCAUUCCAUUACCCUCACAAUGUCCACUGCGUCAUUGUUGCCUUACUACUCGCUACCACCAUGGUUUACUAAGUUAGCAUUGUUAUGACAAAGAAUGCUUAUAUAGUCAAAUAUCAUUGCCCUGCUGCCACCACGGUACCAAGAGUUGCCUUCUCCCCCUGCCACCUUCACAAAUGUGCAAUUUACAAAAUUGCCUUUGUUAUUGCUGCCGCUGCUAAAACCAUUGCAUUUAACCAUGAUCUCCAGACCACUACCAACGCUGCUGUUUACUUCCAACUACUUCAUCAGUUGUUGAUGCCACCACUGCUAUUAUUCUGACAACUGCCAGCUCAUUGUUUUCUGACAAUUGCAUAGGACUCCAUGUAUGUGAGCAAGAGAAUCUGCUGGUCUAAAUUAUACUUGUUAAAUCAUGUGAAUUUUUACAUCCCUGCCCUGGGCUUUGGCUGCAUAAUGGGAAGUAAGAGGGAGGGGCUAUUUAUUUAUUUAUUUAUUUUUUGGACCUCCCCCUGCUUUUCUCUCUCAACCGUGCCCCCAAUCUAAGGAAAUAAGUGGAGGCUAUGGCAUUGAGAAACUUGACAGCCUGUUCCUGGGAAGUGAAGAGGUGGUGGUGCAACAGGCAGAAGCAAGAUGUUGUAGCAUUGAGGAGACAGAAGAACAUGCAAACCUUGAGAAUCUGCACCCUGCCAUUGAGCUGUUAAACUCUAAGUAGCUUUGGUUUGUAUUGUGUAUUUGUCUGUUUGCCUCUUGCCACUUCAAAAUUAUUGUUAGGCCUAUGUAAUCUUGAAGUUACUAGCUCCAGAUGAUACGCACAUUUUAACAGUCUUGCCGCCUGACAUUUGCAGAUCUGAGUUCAUAUUUAUCAAUCCAAACUCCCAAGGGCAGUGUGGUUGUGGUGAAUCUUUCAUGACAACAGAAAGUACUGGAGCUGCUAAACGUGGAGGUAGUUAAGAAUUGUGCUGUACCAGUGAUGAAUCACAAGAUUCUUUAUUUAUCCAAUUGGCUGACCAAGCAGAACACAAUUGAUUAGCUGACUGAACCCGAUAAGAUAGAAAACAAAUGGAGCUUAGUCAUGUCCUUUGAGCUUUCACAUUGAUACAUAGCACCGUCAUUGAUCUUCAAGAUCAUGUUUCUUGUCUAAAGUAGAUGUUGAUAUGGUAUGUACGUGAAUGUCGCAAAUAUUUGUUAUACGUGAUUAACAUAUUUGUUUGAGAUCUAUCUAAUUUGUAAGAUUUCCUGGCGCCUUUGUAGUCUGCAACAUUUCAAAAACUGCUGUUCCUAUGAAAGUGAAGAAAUGGAUACAUUUUUUUUCGCAAUUA